AAAGAAUACCAAGUUUAAUCGGUAAUCUAGGAGAAACCUGCAUCAGGUAACCUAGGCAUCAACUAGGAUGUCUGGGGGUGUACCCAGGUAUAACUCCAUUUAAGAAGUGACAGUGAAUUCUAGAAGACAGCCUUCUACUUAGGUUAUCAUUGGAUUAUUUUUUGAGGUUAAAAAAUUAAUUUAGUGUGAAGACAUGAAACAUUUCAUGUGACAUCAAAAAGUAAAAUCACCUUCUCAUGCACAAAACUUACCUUCCAAAGACUUGUGCCAAGUCCCUGUCAUCAAACAUUUAUGAACAUAAUGGAAGAUAGUAGGGUCUUGUCAACUUGGACAAACAGCAACAAACAAACGAUGAAAUACGACUAUUCAUGUGAGCUCUACAGAAUGUCUACAUACUCCACAUUCCCGGCCGGAGUUCCCAUCUCAGAAAGGAGUCUUGCCCGAGCUGGUUUUUACUACACCGGUGUUAACGACAAGGUCAAAUGCUUCUGUUGUGGUCUGAUGCUGGAUAACUGGAAACCAGGAGACAAUGCCAUUGAAAAGCACAAGCAGCUGUAUCCUAGCUGUAGCUUCGUUCAGAAUCUAAGUUCAGUCACUAAUCUGGGAUCCACCUCUAAGAACACUUCUCCAGUAAGAAACAGUUUUGCACAUUCAUUAUCCACUUUGGGACAUAGUGGCUCAUUUAGUGGUUCCGACACCAACCUUUCACCAAACCCUCUUAAUUCCAGAGCCGUGGAAGACAGCUUCCCAUUGAGGACUAAUCCCUGCAGUUACGCCAUGAGUACUGAAGAAGCCAGGUUCCUUUCUUACAAGAUGUGGCCAUUAACCUUUUUGUCACCAUCAGAUUUGGCAAGAGCUGGCUUCUAUUAUAUAGGACCUAGAGAUCGGGUGGCCUGCUUUGCCUGUGGUGGGAAACUGAGUAACUGGGAACCAAAGGAUGAUGCUAUGUUGGAACACCGGAGACAUUUUCCCAAUUGUCCAUUUUUGGAAAAUUCUUUAGAACCGUUGAGGUUCAGCAUUUCAAAUCUGAGCAUGCAGACACAUGCAGCUCGACUGAGAACAUUUAUGUACUGGCCACCUAGUGUUCCGGUUCAGCCCCAGCAACUUGCAAGUGCUGGUUUUUAUUAUGUGGGUCGCAACGAUGAUGUCAAAUGCUUUUGCUGUGAUGGCGGACUGCGGUGCUGGGAAACCGGAGAUGAUCCGUGGGUGGAGCACGCCAAGUGGUUUCCAAGGUGUGAGUUCUUGAUACGCAUGAAAGGGCAAGAGUUUGUUGAUGAGAUUCAAGGUAGAUAUCCUCAUCUUCUCGAACAGCUGUUGUCAACGUCAGACCCUCCCGGAGAUGAAAUUGCUGAUCCACCAAGUAUGUAUGAAAAUAUUUCAAGUACAAAAUAAGAAUUGUUAUGAGGUGAGAAUGUAAAGAAAAUGUUUCUGAGGCCACAGUUAAAACUCUGAAGUUCACAAUCAGGUUACGUACAUAUCUCCUAGGUUGGGAGCCUUGAUGGCUUGUUGUUAAUCACUCAACUGCUACCCGAAAGGUCCAUGGUUCGACCCACCCACUGCUCUGUGGGAGAAAAAUGAGGCAGUCUGCUUCCAGAAAGAUUACAGCCUUAGAAACCCCAGCGGGCAUUUCUGCACUGUCCUUCAGGGUCCCUGUGGGUUGGAAUCAACUUGACACCCCUCGAUAACAACAAAAGGUAUCCACUAAGAGCCAUGGCAUUUUAGAGGAUUCUAGGACAUGUCAGCAGACGUCUGGUGGUGCCAUGAUUAAGCUCCUGGCUGCUCAGAGGUAGGUGGUUCGAACCCACCAGCUGUACCGUGCGAGAAAGAUGGGCCAGUCUGCUUCCAUUAAGAUUUACUGCUUUGGAAACACUGUGGGGCAGUUCUCUGUCCUGAAGAGUUGCGGUGAGUCAAAACUGGCUUUGCAGCAGCAGAUCUGGUGAAGGGAGUAAGGGCGCUAGUCUUUGUUCUGUAGGUGUGAGCAUUGAAGUUGGCGCGAGAAGACAUGUGCAAAAGAAAAACAACAGCAGCGCGGUCAAAGCAAUGUCAAGUGUGUGGUCCAAAUAGUAAGCAGCGGUUCUCAUCCUGUGGGUCUCGACCCCUUUGGGUGUCGAACAACCCUCAUAAUAGUAGCA